UGUCCUCGAUGCCUUCAGCCUUGGCCAUCUUCACUUGCCGCCCGAACUCUCAUCCGUUUCAGGAGCGUCAUGUCUACCUGGACGAGCCUGUCAAGAUCGGCCGCUCAGUGGCUCGCUGCCGGCCAGCUCAGAAUAAUGCAACUUUUGACUGUAAGGUGCUGUCCAGGAACCAUGCGCUUGUCUGGUUUGAUCACAAGACAGGCAAGUUCUAUCUUCAAGACACUAAAAGUAGUAAUGGUACCUUUAUUAAUAGUCAGAGACUGAGUAGAGGAUCUGAGGAAAGCCCACCAUGUGAAAUUAUGUCAGGUGACAUCAUUCAGUUCGGUGUAGAUGUGACGGAGAACACGCGGAAAGGUAAGGUUACCCAUGGAUGUAUAGUCUCCACAAUCAAACUGUUUCUUCCAGAUGGAAUGGAAGCUCGAUUGCGAUCAGAUGUUAUCCAUGCUCCAUUACCAAGUCCUGUUGACAAGGUUGCUGCUAACACUCCCAGUAUGUAUUCUCAGGAAUUGUUUCAGCUUUCGCAGUAUCUGCAGGAAGCCUUACAUCGGGAACAAAUGUUGGAACAGAAGCUGGCAACCCUUCAGCGACUACUUGCUGUCACACAAGAGGCUUCAGAUACUAGUUGGCAGGCUUUAAUAGAUGAAGACAGGCUGCUAUCAAGAUUAGAGGUUAUGGGAAAUCAAUUACAGGCGUGUUCAAAGAAUCAAACAGAAGACAGUAUACGAAAAGAGCUUAUAGCAUUACAAGAAGACAAACACAACUAUGAGACAACAGCCAAAGAGUCCCUGAGGCGGGUCCUUCAGGAGAAAAUUGAAGUGGUCAGAAAACUGUCUGAAGUGGAGCGGAGUUUAAGUAAUACAGAAGAUGAAUGUACUCACCUGAAAGAAAUGAAUGAGCGGACUCAGGAAGAAUUGAGAGAAUUAGCUAAUAAGUACAAUGGAGCUGUAAAUGAAAUUAAAGAUCUUUCUGACAAGCUAAAGGUGGCAGAAGGAAGACAAGAAGAAAUCCAACAGAAAGGACUGGCUGAGAAAAAAGAAUUGCAGCAUAAAAUAGAUGAAAUGGAAGAGAGAGAACAAGAGCUGCAAGCAAAAAUAGAAGCCUUACAGGCUGAUAAUGACUUCACCAAUGAGCGGCUGACUGCUUUACAAGUACGGUUAGAACAUCUUCAAGAGAAAACUCUUAAAGAACACAACAGCUUAGGCAUACAAGUUGACGACUUCAUACCUAAAAUUAAUGGGAGCACAGAGAAAGAGCACUUUCUUUCAAAGAGUGAAGGGGACUGCACUUUUAUUCAUCAGUUCAUAGAGUGUCAGAGUGAGUACAAGAGUGUUCAUCACAUUUGCUUUAAAAACAACGGAAAACCCAGAAAAGACAAGAUCAUAGAUGAAGGACAUCUAACCAAAGUGGAAGAAACAAAGCUUUUGAAAGAGAAUCAAGGAAGAGUCAAAGAAUCUGAUUUGUCGGACACUCUUAGUCCAAGCAAGGAAAAAAGCAGCGACGACACUACAGAUGCCCAGAUGGAUGACCAAGAUCUAAAUGACCCUAUUGCUAAAGUAGCUCUUCUGAAAGAUGAAUUGCAGGGUGCCCAAUCAGAGACUGAGGCUAAACAAGAAAUUCAGCAGCUGCACAAGGAGCUGGUUGAAGCCCAAGAGCUAGCUAGGACAAGUAAACAAAAAUGCUUUGAACUUCAAGCGCUAUUGGAAGAAGAGAGAAAAGCGUAUCGAGUGCAAGUUGAAGAAUCUAACAAGCAAAUAAAUGUUCUUCAAGCCCAACUGCGACGAUUACAGGAAGAUAUUGAGAAUCUUCGUGCGGAAAAGGAGAAUGAAGUUUCAAGUGCUCGAAAUGAACUAGUCAGUGCUCAAAAUGAGAUUCUGUCACUUCGACAAGUAUCGGAAAAGGCAGCGUCAGAACGAGAUACAGAUAUUUCUGCAUUGCAAGAUGAGCUGCAAACAGUGCGAGCAGAGCUUGAACGAUGGCGGAAAGAUGCCUCAGAUUAUGAAAAAGAAAUUGUCAGUCUGCAAGCCAGUUUUCAGCUCAGAUGUCAGCAGUGUGAGGAUCAGCAAAAGGAAGAAGCUACUCGCUUAAAAGGUGAACUUGAAAAGUUGAAGGCAGAGUGGAGUGCUCUGGAAGCUGAAUGUGCUACACUAAGGAAGGAAAAUACUUUGCUUACAUCUGAAAUUCAGCGACAAGAGAAGGAGCUUUCUAGCUCUCAGAAGCAGAGUUUAGCACUAACCAGCGACAUAAGUGUUCUUCAAAUGUCUCGAAAGGAACUUGAAAAUGAGAUGGGUUCUUUGAGAGAAAAACAUCAACGGGAUGCAGCUAGUCUAAAAAGCCAGCUCAGUGAAGCUGAGAGUCAAGCAAAAGAUGUUCAGAAAGAGUAUGAAAGAACACAGACUGUGCUCUCAGAGCUGAAGGCGAAGUAUGAGCUGACUGAACAAGAAAAUCAGUCACUCGCGGAAGAGCUCAAACAAUGUAAAGAAAACCUGAAGCUGCUACAAGAAAAAGGAAACAACCCUUCCAUAUUACAACCCGUCCCAGCCGUAUUCAUCGGCCUAAUCCUGGCUUUCCUGUAUUGGUGUUACGGCCCAUUGUGGUAGCGAAAGAGACAAUGGCCUUGGAUGCCUGUGAUGGCAGCUUUGGUUGCUGUAACAGCCGUGGUGCUGUACCCAGGCCUAACCAGAGCUUCUCCAUGAGAACUGUUGUUGAAUCCAUACACCGUCCUCCCUUUAGAAGCUGGCAACAUUCAUAUACUGAGGGAAAACAGAUUAAUUCUCUUCCUUUUUACCUCUUAAUACAGCACAGCUCUGCGUGAGAACAGCAGUAGGGUCAUUUGCUUUAAACUGUAUAAAAUGUAUCUGUCUAUAAAGAGGGAAUAAAAUUGUGAUUCAUCAUACUGUGAGCAAUAUUUUUGCUUACAAUUUCAUGCAAGUUUUAAAUUAGUAUGUUGGGAUUCUGAGUACUAUAAUGGUGGCCUAAAGUAGGCUUCGUGGUACCAAAUUAUUUAUAACGGCUAGGGUUGUAGACACUUAACUUUAGAAUCUGAUUGCCAGAUUUAAAAGGAAAAACACAUUUCUGAUUUGGACACCCAAGCCAAGUAACCUUGCAGAUACUUGGAAAACAGAUGCAGUGCGCUCAGUGCCUUUCAGUACCAUUUUAUUCUUUUUAAGGAAACCCUAGUACACCGUUUUACUUGCUGUUAGUCACUGAGCUGUUGGGAACAAGAAUUGAGAAAACUUCUCUUACCAUGCCUUUUGAAGGAAGCAUAUUUUUCUCUGAUAAGGAUUGCUUUAUUAAUGAUUCUUGGGAAUAAACACAAUUCAUGUCCAGCCUUAAAGAGAUAGAGAUGUUGGUGGUGAAGACCAGCCUAGAGUAAUUAGUGUGCGUGUGUGCGAGUGUAAGCAUGUGUGUGUUCUUGAGUGAACUAAGGUGUUUCUGGGAGCAAGUACUUGGUCAUUUGAUGGACAUAGUGCAGUGAUUCAACUUACAUUAUCUUUAGUUUGAAUGUAAUUUAUUAAAUUUCAUAUAUUUAAAGAGAUGCAUUCUUUAAAGUAUGAAUACUUUUCGCAUACCACAUGUAUCAAUUUAUUUUUUCAGUCAUUUGAUACUUUCUGACUUGAGCUGGAGAGGCUCUUUAGAUAAGCUUUUAUUGACGUAACUUUAAAAGAACUGCUACAGCACAUCUGUGAUUAGCCAGAAAAUAUCCAAGAUACCUAAAAUACUACAAAAUUGAAAUCAUAUACCUGUUGAUGUAUUGUCAGGUCAAGGUGAUUUUGAUUUGGUAGUAAGACUUUGUGCAUCCUCAUCACAUGGCUGUAAGUAUGAUGCAGUGGUCCCCAUUACAAAGUUUCUUUUUCUUAUCUCAGUACUAUUACUAUUGCUAUUUGCUGACUUUUGGUGGGAAUCACUGUAGUUAGUGCUGAAUUAAAUGUAGACUGUAGUCGUCUUGUUCAGCUCAACAGUUCUGUCAAAAAAGUUUAUUAAAGACUUAAUGUGCUAAAGGAUGGUAAAGUAAAAUGGCUCUGCUAAAGGAAACUUCAAAAUAGGGAGGUCAUCUCAGCAAUUGAAUUGGCUUUAACAAUGUUAUGGCAAUCGACAGGUAGCUUAAAUAUUUAAAUAGAAAUUUAGCAUAUAAUUUACUUCGUGAGGUUUUAAGGGUCAUUCUCCUUUAAUUAAAGGUUCUGUCUUGAGUUACAUGGGAUUUGCUAAUGGGAGGAUUAUUAGUUGGAAAAAAAAAAUAGUCCACAAGUGACUUGUAGAAAGUAAAUAUUGUCAUUUAGUUCAUUCAUUUCAUCCUUUUCAGUUGCAGGAAGCCACCCAACCACAGAACACUCAUAUGCCAGUGGUACUUAGUACCUCUUGUAUAUAGGUUAUUGCAAAUAUUGUUCUGAAAUGCUUAACUUCAGAAUUACAUUUUUUUAAAGUAAAUAAUUGUUUUAAAUCUAUUUUGUAAAGAUAUAAAAAUACAAUAGAAUUUCUGGAGUACAGAUUAAACUAUUUGCACUAACACACGUGAUGUGCAUGAUUUAAUAAAAUAACUUUACUCUCCCUAUGCAUGUUUGAGUUGAAUGUCAUUUAAAAACGAAAGAUUCAUGCUAAGUUCUUUUGCACUAGAUAUUGCCACAGUUACUAGGCACAGUGUCUGCAGCAUGCCCAAUAAUAGCAAAAGAUUUAUUUUUUUUAUUACCUUGUAUUUCAUGUUUGCACUGGUUUCAGUUUUUGUCUAGCUGAUCUCUCUCCCAGCUGUGGUUUUUGGAAAGAAAUCGGGGAGGAGAGAGCGCUGAAAGGCUUGGGAGCAUUAUUGCCAUGGGCAGGGGGGGAAGAGUGUUCACAGCUGAAGGGUGGCUUGUGCCUGUGGCAGGGGAUGUGAGAUUGGAGAAGCAGUGGCUGCAGGUAGUGGGGCAAUAGUGGAAAGCCCUUCAAGGGGAAGGGAGGCGGAUGCUCCCUCCUCUCUUCUUUAGCAUCUUGAACUCUAUUUGUCUGUCUUUCAGCCACUGUUUCUUUUCCAGUUGAUUCUGUUCCCUCCUCCCUGCCAGCAGAACGUAGAUGUGGUGCGAGGAGGUGGAAUAGAGCCUGGUGGAGCAGUGGUCCCUCCUGGCUGGCAGCGGGAAAGGUGCUGAGUUCCCUGGGACCAACCUUGGGGCAGGCCUGCACUGCCAGUUGGUGCCCCAUACUGAGCAAAGCUGCCUGUUACCUAAGUUUGUUCUUGUAUUAAAAAUGUUAUGUGUUCAGAAAUUUUUAGAGCAUCAGAGAGCUGAAAUUUGAGACGCAACAUAGCUGUGCUAAAGGAGAAGGGUUUCAGAUUUCAUCACGUGCAUGUGCGCCUAUCUAUAUUGUACACGCAGGUGCAGAGUAGUACACAUUGCAUGGGGGUUUGUGCUUACAAGUAUACCUGUGGCUCCCUAAUACAGUGCCUUUCCCAGGAGUUCUUGACAUUUGCAUGUUCAGAAUGAUCAAGAAUGAGCUAAAAUGCACAGUUCACUCUUUAGCUGUGAGAAUCCCUGGAGAAGGAUUCAGGAGCUAGGAAGUUGCUGUUCUUCAAUGCUUUUAUACUAAAGCAGCAAGUGGAGUUACAUUGCGAGCACUCUAUGCACAAACCUCUCUUUUUUUGUUGCAUUUGUUUAUAGUAAAUGCGUGUGCUAAUUUUACAUUCAUAUUUAGGCUCAUUUGAGUUGUGAGGCUUGAUGAGCUAAGCCUUGGAACUACUGUAACAAGAGCAGCUUUUAACAAAAACGUAAGAUGCUCUAAGUCUACUUGUAAAAUAAGUGCUCUGAGCUCACACUGAAGUUUGAGGUUAUAAAAAGGUUCCUCAUACUAGAAAAAAUAGUCCGAGAGUUGUUUCAUCAGUUGCUAGUUCCAUUUGAAAUAUUGAGUAUAAUAAAGUAUCUGAACACUUCCUCCGGUUUGUCCUGGUGCCCUGACCACGGCACCUUCUCUUAAAUUCUACAAGAAUUCCAUCUAUGUGGGGACUACAACAGUGGACCUUCAUUUAGAAAUACAAGCAUACAACAUAUAAGAACUACAGUGUAAUUUUCCUGUUCCUUGCAGCUGAAUUAAAUGCAUUCUAUCAGAGUCUUAGCCUGAUCCUUCUUGCAGAAUCUCUGUGUUUUUUUUGGUGCUAAAUGGAAAACUGUAAUCUGCACAAUCUAUUGCAAGGUUUUUUCUCAUAAAACUAUCUUAAUUAGACGUAGUAUCAAAUGACUGAUGGCUGGAGCAAAGGUAAUCAUCUGUGCAUGUAUUUUUUGGGAUAUAUUCCUAAGUUUAUUUUUCUAAUCAAGUCUUCUGUGCUAUGUUACUUGUUCAAAUUUUCAGUGUGCUUUACAUAAGAUUUGAAUGUCUCCUGCCUUAAUCUGUAGGGCUCUACCACUUGCAAGAAUCAUUUCUUCAGCUUGAAUCUUCUCCAUGACAAACCCACUGCCAAGAUUCAUUCCACCAGCAGCAUCUGAAUGCUUUAAAACACCAGGUCACCACAACGGCUUUUGGGAAGCCACUGUAGUUUGCACUAGCUCUGCAACUGGGGCUGGCCGCUUUCCACCAGGGGCCUUUUUCCCUCUGGCUUUUCAUCCACCGUUAGUAUUUCAUAGGCAACAGUCUCGAGAUUUUGAGUCUCUGUUAAUAAACAGUUGGUCAUAUGAAAGAAUUAGAAGCCAUAUACUCUCCCUCUGCUCUCAAGGAUGUACCUCUGGAUCUGAAGGGCGCUUGCUUCCAGCAAACAGCUGCACUGAAUUCCUCAGAUCCAGUUUACUUACUCAUCCCAGUCCCUCUUUGUGUGUGCUUCUGGGCACAGAAUUCCUUCCUUUCCCCUCUGGUGGGGAAUUGGACUGCAAUGUGGGUCUCCCGGUUCUUCCUGGGUUUUUAGUUUCUGUCAACUCGUUCAAAUUAGUGAGCAAAGCUUUGCCCACAAAGCCAAGUUGUUCUUGGAAAGAGGGUUGCACCCACUAGUGCCAUAAAAACAGUGGGUGUUGCCACUAUUGGACUAAAGGCUCCCAGAAGUAGAAGGCAAAUUAGCAAUUGAAACAAGGGGGUCAGUGGCAAGGGCCGUCAGAGCUCAUGUUUCCAUUUAUUGGGAAAGGCAGAAGGAACUCGUAUCUGAUCACUUUUCUGGAUAUCGCAGUCCUAAAACUUCACUGACUGAUUUCAGUGUGAGAAGCGUAAUGUCUAGAAGUUAAGCAUGUAUUUUAGAAAAGUGAAGUCUUGCUUUAAGAAGUACAGAAAAAGAAUCUGUCGCCUCUGUAGGUAAGUUACUGGAGCAACUCCUGCCCUUUAAAACACCCCCAAAAUCAAGCCUGUGUUUCGGUUCAUCUUGCUUUGGCUCCCAGCCGUUGGGUUUCAGUGUAUCUCUUGGGGGAUGUUCUAUGGCAAAUGUGUCCUGGUCCAGUGAUUUGACACACUGUCAAAAUCAAAAUACCUUCCAAUCAGACUUUAUAGGAAUGGAUUCAGUUUCUUAAUGGUUUUUUUUUUUCAUCCCUCUGGAUUUUGUCAGCUUUUUAAACGAUUUCUAAUUUUCUGAAUGUUCUUUUUUGAAAACUAGAACGAACAAAUGCCAGAACAGAACGUGUCCUUACAGAAAUGACCUUACUAACAUCGUAUAAAUAGAUAAUAAGCUUUACAUCCUCCUCUGCUAUUCUUACUUGGCUGUCUGCCAGAGUCCUUUUGGGGAUUCGCUGACGUCUAGUGUUUAGAUUUUCAUCUUGUGAAUCAAAUCUGUGCAUUCCUUGCAUCAACGCAGCCCUGUUUUAUCUGACUUGGCAAUAUUGUUUGGUAAAAAACACUGUAGGCAAGCAAUCCAAGGCAGUAACCUGUUCGCAUUACUGUUCAGCACUUCAUCAAUGAGAGGUUUUUCCCCCUGCCCCGAGGUUUUAACAGGGAUGACUACUGAAGCUUUUCUAGAUUAUUGAUUGUACAUUGUUGAACAGUAGCGAGCCAAACGCAGAUCCCUGCAGGGCAGCAGGGAAAAUGUUCAUAGAAUAAUUCCUUCACUUAGUUUUUGCAAUCUGUCAGCUGUUUUUUAAUCAGGAUUAUUAGAUACAGUGGCAGUAGUGAUCACUUUUAUUUGGAAGGUCAAAUGAUUUGGAGAAGUCUUGGUUUAAUAGCACCAAUACUUAUUCACAUUUUUUAAGACUUAUAAAAGAGAAACUUUUAUUUUAAAAUGCUUUGACAGGCGUGAAUUAUUCUACUUUCUUGAGUUCUGUACUGAUUGCUUCCCAUGGAUUACUCUAUAGUUUGCUUGGCUCUUAAGGUGAAGCAAAGCCAGUGCUUUUCCCAGGAUCAUACGUUUUACAGUCUUCCCUCAGCCCCAUCAUUGCCUGUUACUGCUGCUUCCCUCUAUUAAGGCAUUUGUAAUUCUAAGUUAUUCCUGUGACUAUGUUUAAAUUUCAGUCCACAAGGUGGGUCAGCAUUAUUCCCAGCGCUGGAAAUGGGACACUUCUAACGCACCGAGGGGGUGUGUGCAUGCGUGUACAUUGCUGUUCUGAGAUUGCGCUUGCAUGCGGUAAGAUAGAUCAUCGUUACUUGCAUUUAGCAAUCAGGAGAAUGGAGAUGUAAGUGAGAUUCUCGAUUAAAUAAUUCUCUGCUAUGGGAAUGAAGAUGCUAGUAUGGAGAUGUAACUCUUUUAUUAUAGUAGGUGAUAUAUUAAAAAUGCAGGUGUGCUUCCAAGUGUGUCAUCUCUUCAUCGUAGCUGAUGAAGCUGAACAAAUCCAAAGCCUGGGUUAAGCAAAAAGUAACUUUUUCUUACCUGAUCAUAUUAAUCAGUAACUUGAGAGAAAAGGGUUAAGUGAUCAAUUCAUUCUGUCCUAUUGGAAUAAAAUUUAUCCGACAGCUGGCCUGGAUUUGUUUCAGUGCCCUCUGCUAGGAAACUGAUUUUUUUCCUUUAGAAACACCACACGUGCUCUGAGUGGUAAAGUACUGCCUUCAGUAUGGAAUGGAUUUACUAUCUUAAUCUUUUCGUGCUAGAUCAUUUAUGAAAUUUAUAUUCUAUUUAUAUUUCUUGUAAGGAGUUCUUGCUCUGGAAAAUACUUUUAUUGGGUAUGUCAUCAGUUUUGAUGUGACAAAACUACUUGUCUUGAAUAAUAUAUAGUGGCUCUUAUUUAAAAAUGUUCCAAAUAUGCAAUAUGUCUUUUGGGAUGAAUAAAUGGUAAAAAUGACGAGAAUAAAUUUAUAACACAACAGAAAGCUGAUUUGUAUUGUACAUAGUCUUUCAUUCAGCCCACCUCCAGAUUUCAGUACUCCACAAUAUCCGAACAACCUGUCGCGCUCUAAUUUACUGCGGUAGAAGACAAGUUAUUAGUUAAUGAAAUCAAUUAAACUUAUUUAAAAAUUGGAAUCUCUAUACCUGUUUACUUUGUGCAAAUGGGAUUUGCGACCGUACAACCUUUCCCUCCUCUGUGUGAAGUGGUGAAGCAGUGUUCCAGCAGCUCUGCGUCCUGCAAACCCAGGGAGAGGAGGGCUGGAACACAGCGCAUGCGUGUGACCUUGGUUUGUGCAAGGGUUAAAUGUUUUCUAGUUCACGGGUCAUCCUUUAAGACAACUGACAAUCCUACAGUCUUUAACCUGCAUGGUGAAUUGGAUGCUUCAGGGCUGACUCAGGAGAAGGACAUGUACUGAGUCACUCAGGUAGUUUUCAGCAGGUUUGAGCAGUUGGAGGAAGGGAAGUUUCUCUGCUGCUUAGUUUGGAUGCACCCCAAGGUGUAGUUUAAGUAAGCGUGGUUCCACUCCAGGCUGUUUUAAGUCCUGGUAUCAGAGCCUCAGUAACUCAUCUGUUUCUCUGUUUUUAAAGCUAAAAGCAGAAUUAACAUUAAAACAUUCUGCCAGAUGCAUGAGGCAUUUGGGGCUUUUGCAGAGACAAAAAAAAAGCCUGGAAGUGUGUUAAAUAUGUCUGUCUGGCUGCUCUUCGUGUUGGUAGUAGAGGUCACGCCUAACGUCUACCAGUAACUGUUCCUAAUUCCUGUCUCCCAAAUACCUCUGUGGAGCACUUUCGCUUAGACCAAGGGGGCAAACACUGAAUUAGUGAAUUUCGGAGUAAUGCUAUAGGUGAAAAAUGGUGAGCAAAAAGGUUUGCUCGCUCUUAAGGAUUCAGCGUCAACGUUACAGGCUCGUUUGUGACAUCCAAAGCGUUUUGUUUUUUCUGUUGUCUGUGUCUCAGUCCCAGUUGAUUGGCAGUUUUUCUGCUGCAGAACAUGACUGUAAUCCAGCUGAUUGUAAUAGAUGUUUGUUGCUCAGUGUUUUCCACUUCACAAUUAUUGUAAUGGCAUGUAAGUGAGAAUGUAGCUUGCAGCAACUUCACAGUGGUCUUUUGAAUUGCCCUUGCAGAGUUAGGUUGUCCAGGUGUUGGUGUCUUGAUGCUGCACAUUGCAGCAAUUGUCUCUGCAGACUUCUCUGAAUUGUCUUUCUUCUUUAGUUUCAAACAUUUUCCAAUUUAAAAGGCUCUCAUCCAUCUGUUUAAAUAGUAAAUUUGAAGUUGCUGCUGUGGUGUACUUGCAGGAUGGUAUUAUUUUCAUGCAUUCCUUAAUUAGUUCGCAGUCAGUAACAAAUUAUUAACAAUCUGCCCUAUUUACUUUACGUGAAAGACUGCUUAUGCAGUGAGUGGGGGUGUUCCUUAGUGCGUCUGUGCCUCUGUGCAGGAGAAUUAGUAGACGUAUAGCAAGAAAAUCUCUAUUGACUUACAUCAUGUUUCUCAUAUCAAAUGUAGAGAGAGCAGUAUAAAUAGUAUUUACCCCAAACUGAUGCUUCCCUCAGUAAGUAGGGAACAAAUACUGGAAUAAUUCCAGCAGAACGAAUGAGUGCUCCUGGGGUAUUUGUUUGGUGAGAACUGAAUUGCUUCAUCAGAUGUGUAGAAUGUUGCAUCUGCUUGGAAUGUGGGUCUGCAGGGCGUCUUUGCUACUGACUGAUCUUAGACGGGCAAGGAAAUUCAUCGGUGAAGCCUUUGAUGUAAUGCAUAUCAAGAUGGAAGAUGAAACUACUGUACUGGCAGAGAUCUUUCGCAACCGAGGCACCUCAGUUCUACUCAUGUGCACACAGACUUAUGUAACGAUGUCGUUCAUUUGGCUCUUUUAAUGUAAAUGGUUUCCAGUUCCCAUGAAAUACAUUUUCCUGGAGGUUAUUAAAGCAUAGUAAGUUUU